AUGGAGGAAGAGGAGUAUAUAUUUACCAGUGGUAAAGAUGAAAUUGGGUUGAUUGUACUUGGUUCUGACACGACACAGAAUCCACUUGAUUACCCAAAUAAAAUAAAAGAUCUCGAAAGUGUCUUAAUGACAACCGAUGGCCUCAUGUUGACAAGACAGCUGGUUGCCUUGCAGAGGGCAGGGCUUGACGGUCUGAACAUCAGCUUAGACACCCUGCAGUCCCAACGCUACAACCAGAUCACGAGGAGGAAAGGCUGGGAGCGUGUCAUGGCUGGCAUAGAUCUAGCCUUGCAACUUGAAUACGACCCUGUGAAGAUAAAUUGUGUUGUAAUGCGAGGUUUUAAUGAAGAUGAAAUGUGCAGUUUUGUGGAGUUAACAAAAGAGAAAAAGGUUGAUGUAAGAUUUAUUGAGUACAUGCCUUUCAGCGGCAACAAAUGGAAUGAUGGGAAGAUGGUCUCAUUUAAUGAAAUGCUCCAAAUAAUUAGAAAGCAGUGGCCUAAUUUUGAUCCUCUUCCCAAUGGGCCCAAUGAUACCUCAAAGGCAUACCAUGUCCCGGGCUUCAAGGGAUGCGUGGGAUUUAUUACCUCAAUGAGUGAACACUUCUGUGGCACGUGCAACCAUUUGCGGAUAACAGCUGAUGGCAAUUUGGAGGUGUGUCUCUUUGGGAAUUCAGAGAUAUCUCUCAGAGAUGCAAUACGAAGCAAAUGCAGUGAGGAUGACUUGCUUGCCAUGAUUGGGGCAGGAGUGAGUAGAAAGAAGAAACAACAUGCAGUUGACUACAUCAGACCACUACAAGGGAAAAAGAGCUUCACACUUCGCAGAGAAUUGAUGCUGGUGAGCCACCCACAGAAGUUGCUGCAGAGUAGGAGUACAAUUACUGAUCGGAAGACAAAUCGAUCAGGAAUUGAAAAAUUUUGUUCCAUCCAAACAUUGGGCAGCGCAGUGAAAUCUUGA